AUGGUGAACGAAAACAGUAUCGAUCGGCAGUUCACAGAAGCCUUCAAUAAAGCGAACGACUUGUACCGUGCUGACCGGCUGGACGAAUGCGCCGCCAAAACUCGCGAACUCGUUGACGACCCCGCCAAAUCACGAUACCAUCGUAUGAAGGCACUUGUGAUGCUUGGCUCGACAUGUACUGACUUGCACCAAGCGAAAGAGUAUCUUACUGAAGCAGAGGCAUUAUGGUGCCUGGUAAGGUGCUGGCAUCCUGUUGGCGUGAACAACACAACUGAUGAGGUUAUGGCCGAGAUAUACGAAUCGAUUGUUGAGGUAUAUGACGCGCUCAAGGCAGAGAAACCGGAGAGUUAUGAUUUCGAGGACGCCAUGCAUAGACUUUUGGAUGACCUCCACGACGCAGUCACUGGCGCACAGGCAGUGGUGGGUGAUCUCGAUUCGGAGACAAACUUAGAGACAGAUUUGGGGCUUAAGAAGGUACACUACUUGUCAUUAUCUACGUAA